AUGGAUUCGCUAAAACAUCUGUUGAGGGCGGACAUUGAUCAGGAUGAUAGAGAUCAUCGAAAAUAUUCCAGCGAGGAGAUGCAACAUUUCCGCUGCAAAGAACACAAAAACUGCAAUUUUGAUUGUUGCAACAACAAAUAUUUAGCAAAAAAUUACCAAAAAUUCCCAAAAUCUGCCCGAAGCCAGAAGAAACUUGACAAACCUUCCCCACCUCUAUUUUCUGAAAUCGAUGCUAAUGAUAAAAAAAAAUUUCCGCGGACCGUGAGAGAAUCUACCCAAAGCAAUAACAAACUUUUCAUCCGGCAACAACAAGAUCAACACAAUCUCUAUAUCCGAUACAGAAGGCUAGCAGCGAAACUGUUAUACACGUCAACCACGACAAGUGAAACAUACAGCUUGACGCCGUCUAUUGCGAAUGGAAGAGCGAAAAGUAGGAGUAUCUUUUCUGAAAUCGAUAGAGCUAAUUCGGAAAAAUUCCCUAUACAACAACACGAUGUACAGUCUGCUAAUAGCUAUGAUAACUCAUUAAAUGAGAAUGCAUCUGAGGCACCAAAGCUGAGCUUCGACGCUACUGCUCUGCAGAAAUGCAAUCAUUGCAAUGACAUUGAUCUGGGUGAUAUAGACUCUACCAUACCUUUAACUAUGCCUAUGGAAAAGCGCCCUAUUCAAAUUACGUCCAUAGAUGGGUUUUUCAAUCGCAAACGUGGAAGGCCACCAAAAAACCGCUUUGUUGAGGUAUACAAAAAUACAAAUCAAUCACCUCAAGCUGUUUUCACAAGUUUUAAACUGGAAAAAAAUGCAACGCCCAAUGACUCCAUGACUUCAAUGAAUGACAAACGAAUAUUUGAUUACGGCGGUGCUUUUCAUAACGCCGUUAGAAUGGUCACAAUACUACCUGCAACAAUAAACCCGCGAUUUGCGGCUAUUUCUCAAUUACCAAUAGAUACCACCACCGACAGCACUGCAAAAUUAGAAGCGGAAUUAGACUUGCAGCAGAAGCAAGAAGCAACAGCAACAAUGAACACAGCAAUGAGGUUUAUGAAAGGAGAGAUCGAAUCAUUAAAUAAACGGCAUGAUCGACCCAGUCAACAUCGGAAUAAAGGAAUAUUGAAUACCAAUGAUCUGGAAUAUAGAGAAGGAUAUUAUCACAUAAUUCCCGCUAGUCUUCAACGAACGCAAUUGAAAGAUAAUCAGGCCGUUAGCUUACCAAGCAUCAGAGAUAAGCCACAGGACCAUGGAGACACAAAAUCACAAACUUUGAAAAAAUUUUCAGUUGUUCGCACUGUCGGCACCUUCUUUCCAGAAUGCAACGAAAUUUCUGGUUAUCCGAGCGACAACAAGUUACACCAUGAAAACUGCUUUGACGCAGCAACAACAAAACCAGGCAUUUGGAGUACGCAGAACGUGAGUUGUAAACGCAAACGCUUACAAACUGACAAUAAAAAUAUGCCAUACGAGUCCAUAGCGAAAUCCUUAGAAGGUAAUGAGUUUAUUCUGCCCCAAGAUUUAAGUAUGCGCAUUAAGGAGAAAAAUCCAACUUCAACGGUGUGCGGUCAUACCGAGACCAAUGUUUUAACCAAUGAUUCCAGUCGUAUGUCGAAGAACUAUGAUGCCGAAACAGCUAUAGAAAAAAAAAUUAUAACACCAGGAGAAGCAGCAAAUACAAACGCUUUUGACGUUGAACUCGGAUGGCAGAAUAAAGAAGGAAUUGGUUUGCAACUAAAACACCUGUUCAAUCUUUACCAGAUAUCGAAUCAGCAGAGUUUUGAAACGUAUACUCAGCUUCAAGAUCAACAUUCACCCGUCAUUACCAGUUCUUCUGUAACACAAGCCGACAAUAACAUUUUGCCCUAUUUGUCUUUUUUGUUGGCUGCGUCAAACAAAUUCCAACCACGACCAUUACCACCAAUGCCACCAACGACCGUACCUGCUAUUGUUACCCGACAGCAUAACGUUUCCUUAGGCUUCGACCCCGCAUCACUUUCUAAGACAGAAAUUCCUACAUCAACGAUGACUGACGGACUUACAGCUAUUACAGAUUAGACUACCGCAGGUGUCGCCCAACAGAAGCUGCUCGAUGUAAUUGGACUUGGAAAGAAUAUAACUCAGCAAAUAAUUCACAAAAACUUUGAAACUGCAACCGCAUCUUACACAAAUGUAAUACUCACUACGAGCGCUAGGGACGGUAGUGUCUUAUUCCCUACAUCGUUACAAAUAAAUGAUAAUGUUAACAAGCCCGCCGGUCAUCUAAAGUUUCUCUUUAACGAGGAUUGCGGUUUUGUGAACUGUGGUUACCGACAGCGACAGUCACACUAUAGCUUCUGUGACAAGACUCGAUUCGUUCAGCACACGGCACGACAUGAGCGCUUGGACACACUAAUAGGCGAAGACUUUCAACAAUAUCCCUGUAAUCAAACGCGCGGUUUUAGCAACUGUGCCUACCAACGGAAUAAAGAGUCUGAUAACACCAACUUUGGUACAAACAGAAAGUCGCAUUUUCAUUAUUUGAAAUGCUCAUUUAUUUGCACUGGGUCUAAUAAAGUAGUGGCACAUCGUCGCCUGCAUAAUAAAUUUGAUUAAAUACGAUCAGCAGAGUUCGGUAAGGUGCUAAAUACAGGGAACAGUACCCAGUGUUGUGCGGCUUUGAGUGUAGGUGGCCCUGAUAUAGAUUACACAAGAACUGGUGACGGGGUGUAUGAGAGUUUGAAGGAUACAUCUUUGGCAGUUACAAGUAGCUGUAUAUAUGAGUACAACAAGAAGUUUACGCAUUUUCAUUGUCUUUUGUGCGGUUGUGGCGUGGUGUCGUCCUCUCAAAUGUCAGCGCAUCGGCAGAAAUCGUGUCAUACUGUACUUAAACAUGCGAAAUCGUCAGAAGACAUUGUAGCUGUUACCUCAAUAGUAGCAGCAACAGAAACUAACAUAGAUCAGUUGCGGUAGGCACCACCGUCACAAUGUCACCAACUGCAGCGCCACCCAGCUAAUGGUUUUAUACAGACCAAAUCGAUCGAA